AUGACCUUUUCGGAAUAUUCACAACUUAAACAACAAAUAGUAAUAACUGCAGGACAUAAUGAUAAACACAGUCAAAUAUUACGUGCACUGAAAGAGUAUUACAAAGACGAAAUUGAUUCACCUCGAAGAUAUGAACAAAUCAACACUAUAGGCCAAUUAAUAAGAAUAUUGGAAAUUAGAGAUGUGUUAUCCCAAGACAAUGUUGCAGCCUUAAAAGUAGUGGCCUCCAGACUUCCAAAUAAUAGUGAACUGUUAUGCAAAAUCAGUGAUUACGAAUCAUCUCAAAUACCAAGGGGAUACAUAAAUCAAUAUGAUAUUGAUAGACAACAAAAUAUUUCUAUCAAAGAACAAAAAGAAAUCCUCAAUGAUCAUGCAUGCGGACUAAUAAGUCCGAAGAAAAAGGAAAGAAUAAAUGAAACAAUUGUAGAAGAAAUUGGCACUUUCUGGCGAGACCUGGCUAGAAAUCUCAAAAUUAGAGAAUGUGUGAUUGAUGAAAUUGACGAUAAUAAUAAGAAGUUGUGUGACAAAGCUUCCAAACUUUUAACAAUUUAUCAGAAAAGAGCUGAUCCCCAACGAUGGUUUUUUGUUUUAUGUGAUGCUCUUGAAAAAAGUCGAAGAAAGGACAUAAGCAGAUCAUUACAAGAGAUAAUGUCUAUGAGGAUUUAA